AAUACAUUGAAACUCUGCAAGGGGAUCAGUUACCAGACUCCUUUGAACUGGAAGAGAUCCAGAGUGUUGAUGAAGAAAGCCCUGCUAGAAUGGCUCUCAAAAGUAUCUAUAUAGCAGAUUUGCAGAGAGACAAUAGCUGUCAGUCAGACAGUAGUGGAUUUCUGGAGGAACCGUUCAUCCCCCUAUCUCUGCAGGCUCCACAACCCCAAGACAUCAGUGAUGACAGCAUUGACAGUCAAGCCACAUUGCAGGAAAGCAGAACGUGCUCAAUCCUGGGCCAGGACACUGAACACAAAACAGACUGUUUUGCAAAGAGCUCUAUUGACAAUAAUUGUACACUUUCUUUAGGAACACACUUAGUUUUGCAUAUUUUCCCAGAAGAAAACAAAUCAUAUAUAGAAAACGAUAAUGAGGACAAUCCUGGUGAGGAAAGUGUGGUUGAGACAAGUGGAUUCCUGGAUGGAAGCAGUCGUAUAGACACAAGUCAAAGUCUGGCUCCAGAUAACAGUUCUCACUUAAAUACUCAGGUCCAGGUUCAGAGCAAUGAUUCACAGAGCCAGAAUGAAUAUCCUGCAAUGAUUAAGGGUAGGACACCAGCAACUGAGAACUAUACCAUCAGUGGAUCCCCAGAGGCAACCCAACGUCUGCCAGAAUGUGUUUCUUGUUCGAGCAAUUUCAUGACCGUCCAAAUCACCCAAGAUAUGGAUCAGCAAAAGUGUUCCACAAAAGUGGAUUCUUUGGAAUCAUUAACCGUCUCGUACCAACAUGUAAAUAAAGCCACAACCCCGGAAUCUGAAAGUAUCUUUGUAGGAAGUAGGAAAAGGAAGACAAGAGAAGUUUCAGUACAGACUGAUGAAGAAUAUCCUGUUGAAAGAAAUCAAAGUCCAAACAAACACUCUUCAUUUAAGUCUGAAUUUCAAUUUGGGAAAUCAUUUAGAAAAUCACUUUCACUAGAUACUGGACUACACCAUCUAAAUAGUGACCUUCAAGAGCACAGUCAAACUGCUGCCACCCACUGCUGCUGUCACCAUUGCUGCUGUGCCCACCACCACUGCUCUUCAUCUUGGCACAAAGGGACAAAAGACUCAUCGAAGGUUGGUACGUCACACUUGGAAGGCUAUCGUCUCAAUACCCUGGAAGAAUUGCAGCAGGCAGUGAAGAUUAUCUCAGCAUAUCCAUUGGCCAUUCAGGAAAUUGUAACCACAAAACAAUUUCUGCAGCAUUUUCAGAAUCAGCUGCUGGACAUAGAGAAGUGUAUCACUGAGCAGCAGGCUUUAGUCUACAGUGUCCUCAGUGAGGAUGAGAGGGAGGAAGUGAAACGACUGCAGAAACUACGCCAGGCAGUGUACAAUGAGAUCACAGAGUUAGGAGUUCAACUUGAGGAUCGGGCUCGGCAAGUUGAAGAAGAAAUGAGUAUGCAGCUGCAAUCAUUGCUAAAGGAACAGUCCACGUUUUACUCAUCUCUUGAAAAGCCCAAGAAAGUGAGUGGGAUGACAUCAGUGAGUCACACAGAAUCAUCACCCAGCGUGUGCAAUUCAACAGCUUCACUGAGACCGGACUUCACAUCAGCAUCUUUGAUCCCUUCAGAGGAGCCUGACUCCAGUGCAGCAUCAGGACACAAACGAGUGAAUUCACUUUCUCCUUCAAUGGCACAGAAAGCUUCCAUUGAAAUUAACACCACUGCCAAACCAAAUGUGGAGAGCAGUUCAUCCCAGCUGAAAGCCACAAAGCAAAACAACCAACCAGGAGCAGUGGAUAUUCGAACCAUUCUCCAAAAUAUUUUUGCAUUGAUCUUGACGCCCAUUAUUGAACGUCCAUCCAAGCAGUGGGAAUGGAAUCUGCGGGGGUUCUUGGGUGUGGUGAAGAAGCCAGACUGACCUGAACAUCACAAUAGCUGAUCCACAUCUCAUUAACCAUAGUGAACUCACAGCCAGAUUGUUUUGUCAUUCCCUGAACUCUCAGUCAACGGUGCAGUCUUAUUGCUGAAUACAUUAUGCAGCAAAAAAUAAUUCAUUCUAAAGUUUAAACUAAUGCUGUAACACUAAAAUCAUACAGGACAUUUACCUAAUUUAAAACUAUCGAUGAUCACCGGUAACACCAGCACUUUAAAGUUGUUAACCUAUUC